UAACUUGAACUUGAUCCACUUGCAUCCGUUGCUUGUUAAAUGUUAAUUCCUCUUUUAGCAAUUUCAAGUUUCAAGAGGAGUUAACUUACUUUCAACUGUGAAAUCCAUCAAAUGAAGGUUUCCUUCCAUUCAAGAGAAGAGAGGCUAUUGGUUGUUUCUUCCGGCAAGGCAUUACCUGUAUGCAAGGGAUUGCUUCCCCGGCCGGCACCAGACGCGUGUCAAACCGCCUAUAGGCCCAAACUUAACAGUUGCCAAAAAAACAAUAAAAUAGCAAACAAUAAAUAACUACUUUGUCACGCGCAUUGCAUUACAUUACAUUACAUUGCAGAGGGAGGCUCCGGCGGCGACGCGACUUCAAUGGGCGGCGACGGGAGACAGAACAGUAGCAUCGCCUGCCAAGUUCUGGCGGAUCGGUGCCGGAGCCUGGAGGAGCAACAAACCAAACUCAGGGACCAGUUCGAUGAGCUGCUACUGCACCAGAACAACAACAAACCCAACUUCACUGCCAGGGAUCACGCCGAUUCAAGUUCAACCACCGCCAGUUUCCUUUCCGGUUUCUUCUUCUCUCAAACUCCCUACGCUAGCGUGCUCAAAUGCAUGGGCCACGCCGUUCAUGUCCACAGUGUUUCCUCCGGCGAGAUCGUAUACUGGAAUCACUCUGCGGAAACUCUGUAUGGAUGGAAAGACUACGAAAUCAUUGGAAAAAGAGUAACUAAGUUCCUAAUUACUGAGGAAUAUUAUGCACCUUUACAAAAAAUUCUAGAAAGGUUAAUCACCACUGGAGAGACAUGGUCUGGGAAGUUUCCUUACAAGAAAAAGUGUGGUGAAGUCUUUAUGGUAAUGGUAACAAAGGCUCCUCUUUACGAGGAUGGUGUGCUUGUUGGUGUUAUCUCUGUUUCAAGUGAAGCAGCUAAAUUUAACACUAUAGAUUCUGAAUUUCAAAGAACUUGCCAAUCUGGUGCCAGUGGCCAACCUGGAGUUCAGAAGUUAAACUCAAAAGGGAAUCAAUGGCCUCUGCGGCCGUUGAUUGCACCAAUGCCACAGAUUGCAUCAUCUGUUUCCAAUCUGGCAUCAAAAAUUCUUCCAAACCGGCAUAUGGAUGAUACAGUUUCCAGGAAUACUUCAACAGAUGCAAAUGAUGAAAAACUAGAGAAGUGCAGCAUAUAUGAAACGAAACUUCAUUCCAGACAUCACCAUAAGGAGCAAAAUGCAACUAUCCGAGAGGCCUCUGAGAAAGAUGAGUCUACUACUGAAUUCGGCCGAGCAUCUAAAAUUGCAGCUAGAUUCAUGGCUAAGCUUCAAAUUGGAGGAACUGGAAAAUGGGGGAAGGAUACUCAAAGUGUUAAAACUAAUUGCAGAGUUGAUAAUCCAGAAAGUGAUGGAGUGAAUAAUGGAAAUCAUUCAUCUGGAGGUUCCGCGGCAUUAACUUCACACCAGGAUGUUGCUAAUGGAGUUGAUAGAGAAGAAAAUCUCCAUAAAUGUGAUUCUUUAUUUUCUAUGAAGACAGCACAUACAAACGUUUAUGCACGUAGAACUUCCAGUGUUUUCGAAGUUAGUUCUGCUAAACCUUUCUCAAGGGAAUGUUAUGAAUGUCUUGGUUCUCUUGUUCCCCAAGACCCGUUGUUAAGAUUACACCGUCAAUUUGAUCCUAAGAAAUUGGAGCCAGAAGCUACACAUAUGGCGAUAGAAGAUGAAGUGCAAAAGCAGCAAGGCAGAUUGCAAUUACCAAGUUCUAGGGAGAGUGUAGGUAGUCAUGAGAGUUCAUCGAGCAAAGGGGAUAAUGAUUCUGUUGUAGACUGUGAAAUCCAUUGGGAAGACCUUCACUUAAGAGAUGAAAUUGGACAAGGUUCUUAUGCUGUUGUUUAUCAUGGAAUUUGGAAUGGAUCGGAUGUUGCCAUCAAGGUUUACUUCGGGAAUGGAUACACAGAGGAGACUUUACAAGACUACAAAAAAGAGAUUGAUAUAAUGAAGAGAUUGAGACAUCCUAAUGUAUUGCUUUUCAUGGGAGCAGUAUAUUCACUAGAAAGGCUUGCCAUUGUGACAGAGCUGUUACCUAGGGGAAGUCUUUUCAAAACUCUUCACAAGAGCAAUCAGACAUUAGACAUCAGAAGGCGUCUAAGGAUGGCUCUUGAUAUUGCUAGAGGAAUGAAUUAUCUUCAUCACAGAAAUCCGCCAAUUGUGCAUAGAGACCUAAAGUCAUCUAACCUGCUUGUUGAUAAAAACUGGACUGUCAAGGUUGGAGACUUUGGCCUGUCAAGGUUGAAGGACACAACUUUAUUGACUACCAAAUCUGGGAGAGGCACACCACAGUGGAUGGCACCUGAAAUCCUUCGCAAUGAACCGUCAAAUGAGAAGUCGGAUGUGUAUAGUUACGGUGUCGUUCUCUGGGAACUUAUGACUCAAUCUAUUCCUUGGGAAAAUUUGAAUUCCUUACAGGUUGUUGGAGUAGUGGGCUUUAUGGAUAGAAGACUGGACCUGCCGGAGGGGCUUGACCCCCAUGUAGCAUCAAUCAUCAAUGAUUGCUGGCGAAGCGAUCCUGAACAACGCCCAUCAUUUGAAGAGCUAAUACAGAGAAUGCUGUUCGUUCUGAACAGAGUAACAGCAGAGUCAGUUAAGAGAAGUUCAGAAACUUGUAAUGCGGUUCACGUCCCUUAAACGUGCAGUUGCUUCUCAAAAUAUGAUAGUUAAUACAGGUAAUUAGAGAAAUCAAAAGUACAAGCCAACAAAUUGGGUGGCCAAAUAGCAAAUAAACAUACUAGUGAGUUAUUGUGACUAGAGUCACUGAAAGUAUUUAAUUCCUGAUGCAACUGGAUAUAAGGUAACUGAAGUCUUGUUGACCCAAGAGUGCUCCUUUUCUGAGGGCUGGCUACUGAUCUCUGAAUAGCAGAAUAGGUUACAUUUUAUGGAUGAGGAUUGUCAUUAAAAUGUUGGUCUUGUCUCUGUAUUUUAAUCCCUGUCCUCGAACACUAAAACAGUCAGAAGUUCCCCUGUUCUGCUUGAUUGUCAUUAUAUGUAACAUCAAACUCCAUUCACAUGCACAAUUUGGACCACCAUGGUCAAUGACUUUCCUCACAAGAGGAAGAAAAAAGUACAUCUGAAAGAAUGUACUUCUGUUUAGGACAGAACUUGUAUCCAAUUUUAAAUUAAAUAGUGUAAAUAACAUCUUUUAUUAUUGUAUA